CGAGAACGAUAUAUAUUCAGGAUGACCAUCAACCCGACCUACCUCGCGCAGCGCACCCGCUCCUCUGUCAACUGGGGCGAUGCGAAAAAGCGUGUUCUUCUAUCCUACCGAGACUGGCUCCGAGCUUCCCCUGAGAUCCAAACAAUGUACUCGCUGAACAUCCCCGUCUCCGCCAUUCGCACCAAGAUCCGCCAGGAAUACGAGAAGCACCGCUACGUCAGCCAGCUCAAUGUCGUCGAUGUGCUGCUAUUCCAGAGCCACGCUGAGUUCCAGGAAACCCUCAACUACUGGAAACAGCUCUCCCAUGUGAUGAAGUACUUCCGGCCAGAGGAGGACCCAGGUGCCCGGCUACCCCCCAACUUUAUCUCCGGUUUCUUGGAGGGCCGCAAUUGAAUGUCUUGUUUCUCUUAAACCGUCUUUUCCAUUUUGACUUUUUUUUUUAAACUUAGCAUUGAGAUUCCGAUCCGAUUGGGUUCCUCUUGUCGCGACGCUGAUAGAGGGUAUUAUGUAUAUACUAGGGUUGUCAGAAUAAGUAACGUCUUCCUUUACUCUGUGGGUAUCUCUAUCUGUAGUUUGCGUGUAGCAACGGGAGUGGAAAUUAAAUGUGCC